AAAUGCGAAUAAUCGACCUUGGUCGUUGUGACCAUUAAGCUACGACGGACAGCGGCUGCUGAGUCGUCUUAAGGGGCCACGAAGGCGUUUCGAGGCAGGCGCGCCUGAGCGCAGGUAACCCGAUUAACUCGUCUGUGCUUGUGUUUGACAGGAAUAUAGGCGACAUGCGGCUGCAGCAUAAGAGCGGCCCGGGUCUCGGAGUUAACCAGCAUCAGCAUCAGCAUCAGCAUCAGCAUCCACAGCAACCGGACGACGUUCACCGACUACGGUUCCAGGACAAUCGAUUCCUCACGACUCUCGUCCUUGGCAGAAACAGGAAGAUAUCGCCGGACAUCCUGCCGUCGUGCUCGCAGGGCAUCUUCCGGCAGCGAUCCUUUCGCUCCUCGGCAUCACAGGCCUCGACUUCGUGUCCCGCCGUGACGAGCGUCACAACAGCGUCUCACACCUCGGCCAAAAAUACCAUAAAAACAUCCCUGGCCGCACUGUUCAUCGACAAUAACCUGCCGGGAGCCAAAUUCACGCGCAGAAGCUCCGCGAGUCCACGGACGCAGCAGCAGCAACAACAGCACCAACAACAACAGCAUCAAAAGCACAAACAGAGCAGCCCCAAUCGAAGCAGCUCGAGCUCAGGCUCGUCACACGGCGGCGCGAGCUCCUCGUCCUCGUCGAGUACGUCGACGCAGCGCAGCCGGCGCUCGCGCUUCGGCUACACGGCGCUGGCCAGCAAAAUGGCGUCCGUGAGCACGACGGCGCCCGUGCUGGGCUGGCCCAACGCUAAGGACGACUACGAGCUGCGAGAGGUCAUCGGUGUCGGGGCAACUGCAAUUGUGCAUGCUGCAUUUUGCAUUCCUCGACAAGAGAAAUGUGCUAUAAAGCGUAUCAAUCUGGAAAAAUGGAAUACAAGUAUGGAUGAAUUAUUAAAAGAAAUUCAGGCUAUGUCCUCAUGCAAUCACGAAAAUGUUGUAACAUAUUAUACAUCAUUCGUUGUAAAAGAAGAGCUGUGGCUAGUACUCAGAUUACUCGAGGGUGGAUCUCUUUUGGAUAUUAUAAAACAUAAAAUGAGGACAACUAAUUGUAAACAUGGAGUCUUCGACGAAGCGACAAUAGCCACUGUACUUCGAGAGGUACUCAAAGGUCUUGAGUAUUUCCAUAGUAACGGCCAGAUUCACAGGGAUAUUAAGGCAGGGAAUAUUUUAUUGGGUGAAGACGGGACAGUGCAAAUAGCGGACUUUGGUGUAAGUGCUUGGUUGGCUACUGGUCGUGACCUUAGUAGACAAAAGGUUCGACACACGUUCGUUGGUACACCCUGCUGGAUGGCGCCUGAGGUCAUGGAGCAGGUGAGAGAGGAUCACGGCUAUGACUUUAAGGCGGAUAUUUGGUCACUCGGCAUCACGGCAAUCGAAAUGGCGAGCGGCACCGCACCUUAUCACAAAUUUCCACCCAUGAAAGUCCUUAUGCUCACUUUGCAAAACGACCCGCCAACCCUCGAUACCGCUGCUGACGAUAAGGACCAGUACAAGGCUUACGGCAAGACUUUCAGAAAAAUGAUCGUUGAUUGCCUACAGAAAGAUCCGACCAAGAGACCAACGGCAACUGAACUAUUAAAACAUCCGUUUUUUAAAAAGGCCAAGGAUAAAAAAUAUUUGCAGCAAACUCUUGUCGCCAUUGGACCAAGUUUAGAAACUCGAGUGCAGAAGGCAUCAAAAAGACAGCCCGGCACUUCUGGACGACUGCACCGAACUGUCACGGGUGAAUGGGUUUGGUCAUCCGAGGAAGAAAGCGGUGCCUCCAGUGGCGAAGAAAGUAAAGAAGCUCUGCCGAUCAAUCGGAUCGAGCGUGACAGUAGCGACGAUGACGGUCCUGAUCAGGAUGACUAUUACGGACAAGACAAAACUCCGGUCAAUCGUAACGCCACACCAGCUGAUAAAAAUGUUCCUAUCAAUUUAGUGCUCAGACUUCGUAACCAGAAACGAGAACUAAAUGAUAUUCGAUUUGAGUUUGCCGUGGGUGUUGAUUCAGCUGAAGGUAUCGCAGCCGAGUUGGUUGGUGCUGGUCUUGUAGAUGGCAAGGAUAUUGUUGUGAUAGCAGCAAAUCUUCAAAAACUUAUCGACAGUGCGGGACAAAUUCGUACUGUUACAUUUCCUUUGAAUUCGGGACAUGCUGUAAAUGAAAUACCAGAUGACAAAGCGUUAAUUGGAUUCGCUCAGAUCUCCAUCACGGAUUAAAUGUUAUUUGAUGUCUUACAAUGUACGGUUUUUUUUUUUUUUU